CUCAAAGUUUCACGGGCGAUUAGUUUAAAUUGUACUUCAGAUUAAAUGAGGGUGUUUACGAUUAUUUAUGAGAAUUAUUAAUGAAUUAAGCGUAUUCGAAUUCUUCUCGAUAAGGUAAUAAAAGCUAAAAUUAUUAUAAAUGUUUGCAGGAAUUGGACGAUGAAACAAGUAAAAUAGAGAGAGCCCUUAAGGAUACGUUCCCCUAAUCAUAGGCUUAUUUUAUAAAUGACUUAGCAAAAACUAUUUCACUUUUACCAGUUUUGCCCCUAGUAGAAUAUUCUGUGUUCUCUUCUAAACGUUCUAUCUUCGAAAUUCGAAACUUUUUAUAGGAUAAUAGCAGACAAGGUUCUAGUUGAUAAGCUUUACUAAUUAAGCUAUUUUGCUUUGGCGAAACCCGAUAGCCAUGGGACGAAUUGCGUAAAAAAAAAAUAUUACAAUGCAAUAAAAUGAAGAGACAAAUCGAUUAACACAUAAUCGGUAGAUCUUUAGUCCUUAAGGCAAAAAAAAAAACUAUGGGGAAAUUGACCAUCUUUAAGAAAAAAUUAAAUGAGUACGUUGAUAAAGUGUUUGGUGAUGCCGAUUUAAAUGAACUUUACGAUAGUUAUGCUGAUGUUAAGAAAAAAUCUAGCAAUCAGUUGGAUACUUCCGCUAGGAAUUGGAAUGAAAAUAACACUAAAUAUAAAUACGGUUACGAUUAUUUUAAAUAUAAGCGACCUAAAGCGGAAGUUAAGAAAAAAAGUGCAAAACGAGUAGAAACACCCGAAAGUGACGAAGACGAUGUUGACGACGACGACGAGAAUAUUUCAUUCGCUUCUAGUUUAGAUCAGCUAGAUGAUGACGAUUCGGGUGAAGAGGAUGUUGAAGAAGUUAGAAAAAGUACAGAUAAAAGAAAAAGGCUGGAUAAAGAGGAUAAAAAAGGCAAAAAUAGCAAUAAGAAAGUAGAGAAAAGCGAAAAAAAGAAAAGUAAAUCAAAAAAAGACAAAGAAAAGCUCAAUGGUUCAAAAAGUAGAAAAAAAGACAAUACAGAAUUCUUAGAAAAUCGUAAAGUAAAGAAAAGUUCAAGGAGAUCUUCGAAAGCAAAGGAAGACGUAUCUGAAGAACCCUCCGAUCGUCUUUCCGCUAAAGUUUCAAAGAGGCGAAAUUCUACUGCCCAACAUUUGAGAAAAUCUUCUAGAAAACUUUCCAAUGGCUAUUACGAUAACAAGUCGAGUAAAAGAGAACAUCAUUUAAGAGUUCCAUCGGUAAUUGUUGCAAACGUAAUGGAAACUGAAGAGGAGGAAGAGGAGGAAGAAGACGAAGAAGACGACGGAGAUGACGACUUAGAAGAUAUAGAAGAGGAAGAAGAAGAAGAAGAGGAGGAGGAAGAGCAGCAGCCUGUUGUAAAGAAAAAAGAGAAAAAGAAAAGUGCAACACGUCGUUCAAAAGAUCUUGGUAUACCUGUAAAAGGUAAAAUUCGUAAAAUUCGACCAUCAGCCGAUAGAAGAUAUUUAAAUGUUCAAGCAGACGAUGAAGUUGAAGAAUACUUCUGUUAUCCCACUUCUAAUACACCAAAGCAAACUGAACCUACAUGCUAUAAAUUUCAAACGCAGAAUAAAUCAUUCUUAAAUUGCAGAAAUUCGCACAAUAAACGCAUGGGAGCUGUUCCAAUAUUAAGUACUGGGUUAAGAACAAAUAAAAAAUCAUCUUAUAUCAAUCAGUAUCAGGGGAAUGAUCAUAGUUGUUGUUACCCUCUGCCUUCAAAGAAUAAUGUUAACCCUACCGCUGAGAAUGUAUUCCCAAAACGACCAGUUCAAGCUAAUACUGCUAAUACUGCUAAUCAAUGUUCUCAGCAGCAAGAGAACUAUAAUUUAUCGAAUACUCUAAUUUGUCGGCCAUUAACUAAAGCCUGUUGCACUCAGACUGACACUCAAAGAAAUGACGCAGCAUGCCAAAGUUAUUGCAUAGAAGAUGGUAGAAUGAAAGGGCUGCUAAAAAGUUGCCCAUCUCGGACGGUAUGCGAAUGCAAAAAAACAGCUCAAAAUGUGUUUAUGGAAAGUGAUAAUAUGCAAAAAAUAAGAGAAGAAAUUGAAGAAAUAAAACGAUUAGGCUUAUUCGAGAUUGAAACAGCUAAAAAGAUUGAUCAGCACAGCGAUACUCUUAAGAAACUUGGUGAUAUGGAAAUGGUGAGAAAAUUUGCCGAACUGGAUUUAGUAAAAAAAUUAACUCAAAUUAAUGAAAUCGGUCAGUCAGCGCCACCUGUUAGUAAGAAAACUAAAGAAUCUUUAAUGAAUAUUGAAAGUGCUAUAAAAAUGGGAAAAAUUGUUGCGAAUAAUUCAACAAAUGUUCAAGAGGAAAUAGCUAAUAAUAAACAUCCUAAUUUCGUAGUUUUACCCUGUCUAGUUCAAUGUACAGCUUGUUACUCUACUCCGUGCACUUGUUCUAACGGACCCAAAUACGGUUUUGGGAAUUUUACUAUAAAUAAUAGCAACAACAAUAGUGGACAUUAUCAAAGACCAUUCGACUUUCAAACUUGCACUGAUCGAGUGAUAUGCAAUUGUUUUUAUCGAAACGAUCAAGAAUAUCAGUGUUCCCACGAAAGAGGACAAAGGAAAUGACUCCCAAGCCAAGGAACAACAAAUUUGUCCCUGUAAAACCCAAAUUAAACGGAAUGUCCCGCAAAGUGAUAAUCCGAAAAAACUUUUUAGCCACUUGAAUACGCCCGUGGGUCAAGAGAAUGUAUUUUUUGAUAAGGAGAGAGAAAUGGGUCAACUUCCGGGAAGUACUAAUUGCUACGAGUGGUGUGUUAAACGAAGCCCGAGUAGAAAUACUAGCAAAGGCCGGAGGCUAUCUAAUAAAUUCUUAAUUCAACUCACUCCUAUAAAAGCUCAUGACAGAGAAGAGAAGUUUGAAGAACCUCGAUAUAAAGACAACGAUUCAACCGAGAACGAGAGGGCAACAGCUCAAAUAAUAUGUUGCAUUCAACAAGCAAAUGAUUUGAGACGAUGUUGUAAUAACUGUUGUUGCUGUUGUUGCUCAUAAAUGCUACGGCAAAAUACUUGUGUAUAUCCGUGCGAUGAAUCUAAAAUCUGGACAGAGUUAAUAAAAAAGUACUCGUAAUUAAUAUUUUGUUUUUUUU